AUGGCGACCGGAAAGACCGCGAUGGACGAGACGAAGAAGGGCGAGUUCGUGCGCACCGACAGCACGUUCCGGAACUUCAUCGAGGCCGGCGGGAAGUUCGAGCCGGAAGCGGGUCGCUACCACCUGUACGUGUCCUAUGCGUGCCCGUGGGCGUGCCGCUGCCUGGCGGUGAUGUACCUCAAGGGCCUCGAGGACGCGAUCGGCUUCACCGUCGUGCACCCCAUCUUCAUGCCCACGAAGCCGGACAACCCGGACGACCGCCACGUCGGCUGGCACUUCGCGGCCCCGGGCGGGCCCGCCGUCUCGGGCCCGUCGGGCAACGGGUCCUUCACCUUUGACGACGUCUCCGAGGACCCAAACAACGGCGCUAAGACCGUGCGCGAGCUGUACGAGCUCACGGGCAACGACCCAGGCAAGUACGUCGUGCCGGUGCUGUGGGACAAGAAGACGAAGACCAUCGUGAACAACGAGUCCAGCGAGAUCAUCGUGAUGCUGAACAGCGCGUUCGACGCGUCGGGCAUUGCCAAGCACGCGGCCCUGGACCUCAACCCCGAGGCGCUCCGUCCGGCCAUGGCCGCGGUCGACGACUGGAUCUACAACUCCAUCAACAACGGCGUCUACCGCUGCGGGUUCGCGACCACGCAGGAGGCGUACGAGCGCGCCGUGAACGAGCUGUUUGGCGCACUCGACCGCUGCGAGGAGCUGCUGAGCAAGCAGCGCUACCUGACGGGCGACACGCUCACUCUCUCGGACGUCCGGCUGUUCAUGACGCUCAUCCGGUUCGACCCCGUGUACGUCGUGCACUUCAAGUGCAACAAGAAGUUCAUCCACCAGUUCCCGAACCUGUUCAAUUAUACCAAGGAGCUGUACCAGAUCCCGGGGAUCCGGAAGAGCGUCAACCUCGACCACAUCAAGAAGCACUACUUCGGGUCGCACGCGACGAUCAACCCGCUGCACAUCGUCCCCGUCGGGCCUGACAUGAAGAUGUACGACGAGCAGCACGACCGCGCCCGCCUCCCCGGCAAGCCGCUCGCUUAA